GUCAUCAAAACAUGGUCGUACGUGGUAGGACAGCUGUUUGAGUGUCAUUUGGAGCUAUUGAAUAUUGAACUGCACGAUCAUGGACGAAUUAUGGACUUUGGUAUUACUGUCACUGGCAAUGUUGGUGGGCUGUUAUCUUGCUGGCAUAAUUCCACUAGCGUUCACAUUUUCAGAGGAGAAGCUGAAGCUGGUGACGGUGCUGGGGGCAGGGCUGCUGGUGGGGACCGCCCUGGCUGUCAUCAUCCCUGAGGGAGUCCACGCCAUGUACACCUCAGGAGAACCCCAUCUACAUGCUCACAAUGAGGUCAAGGCCAUUGACGCAUCAGACGCCCACAAGGAGCCCCAGCAUGGGGAAGGGGAGGCAGGGCACGACCAUCACCAUGACCACCAGCAUGACAUGUCAGAGGAACACUCGAGGAUCGGCAUAAGUCUGGUGACUGGCUUCAUCUUCAUGCUCCUGGUGGAUCAGAUCGGAGGCUCUCACAUGCAUGGAGCACCAGAUGCUGAGAAUGGUCAGGGCCAGAUCCAGAACCGGAACAAGAUCACAGCCACCGUGGGAUUGGUGGUCCAUGCAGCAGCUGACGGCGUGGCCCUUGGUGCUGCCAUCACUUUGGCCGAAGCUCACAUCACCAUGAUCGUCUUCAUCGCCAUCAUGCUGCACAAGGCUCCAGCUGCAUUUGGUCUUGUGUCUUUUCUCCUUCACGAGAACUUUGACCGACCACGCAUCCGGCGCCAUCUUCUGGCCUUCUCAGUUGCAGCGCCCCUGUUGUCUGUCAUAACAUUCUUCGGUCUAAGUCAGCAAAGUAAAGAGCAGUUGUCUGACAUGCACACGACGGGAAUCGCCAUGCUGUUUAGCGCAGGGACGUUUUUAUAUGUGGCAACUGUCCACGUGUUGCCGGAAAUCCAAACAGAGCAUACCCGGACAACUGCCCCCGACGGCACCGUCAUCGUCCGGGAACACAAAGGCUUCAGAAAAAUCGAGCUAUUAGCCCUGGUCGUGGGCUCCUUGAUUCCCGUGGCGUUAGCCCUGGGUCAUAAACAUUGAGGGACACAGGCGGUGUUGAAGGGUACCAAACUUGAAGAGAAUAGCACCUCCUUUGUUUUAGUUUUGCUAAGUCAUUUGGAGGAGUUAGAAUAUCUCCUUCUAUUUGUGCCACUAAGACCUAGAGAGAGGAAAUGAAAAUCACUUCCAUUGUAUAGUCUCGCUAAGUCAACGGAGGAGUUGUUUCAUUGUGUUAUUCUUACUAAGGCAUGGAGAAGAUUUUUUUCUGUGAAAGUCAUUGGAAAGUCAUUGGCUGUGAGAAGGCUAUUUCAGGUUAAAUGUGGGAAAGGUGGUAUCGAUGUGCAGAGUUGUGUCCCUUAGACAUGCAAGUAUCCGCUGAUGGUAGUUUGAAUCAUAGAUUCACCUUGAUAUGAAUCCUUGGUAUCUUAAGCUCGGGUUUUCUUCGUACAUAAAGCGAACAUGCUGUUAUAGAAAUGGUGUUCAGAACAGCAUUAAAUCCGACACUCUCUCUCA